GUUGCCUCUGAUAUUGGAGGAGAAAACCAGAAAAUGAAAUUUCUUAAGAGCAAAGCUCAGAUGGAGAACAAGAGGACAAACAGGGAGAGUGAUGCUGUGGAAAAAAGGGGCCCAUACAUCAUGACCAAAGCUCCCUCCAUUCAUGCCAAACUGCAGAAGCACCGCGAAAUGGCGAAGGCAGUGCUGCGGAGGAAAGGCAUGCUGGGGACAACCGUGCUACAUCAACCCAAGCCAGCAGCAAAGAGGUCAGUGAAGUUUAACAAGGGCUACGCUGCUCUCAGCCAGAUAGCGGAUGAGAACCUGGUGUCCCUUGACUCAGACAGUGACGGGGAGCUGGAGUCCAGAUGUUCCUCCGGUUACUCUUCUGCAGAGCAGGUGAACCAGGAUCUGAGCCGUCAACUGCUGCAGGAUGGGUACCACCUAGAUGAGAUCCCAGACGAUGAGGACCUAGAUCUCAUUCCCCCAAAACCUGCUGCCGCCUCACCUUGUCCCUGCUGCUUUGGGGACUCUCUCUCCUGCACAGUCCAGUAGGCCCUGCUUAGCAGGGGCUGCACACUGCCAGUCAAGGGCCAGCCCUUUCUACCUUGUUAAUUAGGACACUAGGAUGCCUGGCAGAGGCAACUAUUGUCAGCUCUGAACAUUGUCAGAAACUGAUGUGGGCUCUGUGACUGGAAACCUGGACACUGCAGUUGCUGCACUUAGGGGCACCUGCUCGAGUUGAGCUGCAACAGUUUUGUCCCAAAGCUUCUUUUUGUUACCUACAGUGAUAAUAGAGAGAUUGUGUGUAGCUAUUCCUGUUGCCUGGACACAACUGGUCACCUCCUGCAGUGUUAGAGCAUGGAGAGGUGCAUCAUGCUGCUGGGGGAGAAGGGAGAAGAGGACAUGUGAGCACUCUCUUGAAGAACUCCCAAAGCUGUGUGUAAAGGGGAGCAGCAAAGCAAGUAAGCUACGGAGCUGGAGAGCUGCAAAUGAAUGCACUUGAGCAUCUGCGACCAAUCAUUCCUUUUCCUCAUCUGCCAAGGUGGGGGUUCAGCAUCUGGUGCUGUCUCAGGGGGUUGCCAUGUUCUUACAGACUCUGAACACGGGAUCUAGCAGGUAAGCAGAGAAGGAGCUUGUGUUUCCACGUUGGAAGUUACUUGAAAGGCUUGUGAGGGCUUGGCUCCAGUUUGCCCCCACGUUCUGUUAGUCCCCUGGGAAGCUCCUUUGUCCAGGGGCUUUCGAGGGGGUUAGAACUGCUGAGAGAUCCUGGGUCUCACAUUACUGCUAGGGCACUGCACUUUCUGGGUGUGUAUCAGAAGCAACCUCAGACCUUGAGGAAUUCCCACUUCUGUAGAGGGGACCUAAUACACUAUCUGCAUUUAUUUAGUUAGUUUCUUCAGUGUAUUCCCUAGUCUUAGCUUGAAGUGCUCUGGGAGGUGGGCCCGGUGAGCCGGAAUUCUGGGAAACAGCUGAGGCUCAUGGAGGAGGAGGGCUGCCUGCCAACUAUCUAGUUAAAGUAAUGGAUUUAACGGCAUCUACCAUUGCUGCUGGGUUUGCUUUGACCUAAGUCUAUACAUAGUGAUCAAACCCAAAACUUGCUGCUUCUUUUGAGUAUCUAGGUGGGUACCAUGCAGACACGGGGGCUGGGGGCAAUGAGGGUUAAGGCAAGUUGGGCAGGGGCUGGAGCUGGUUUGUUUGAGAGGCUGUCUGCUAAAGAUUGCCAUGUUGCUUACGGAGACCACCCUAUAUUCCAUAUAUUGAUGUGACUAAUAGGGAUGUGAAUGACUAGUCAACAAGAUAGUUGCUCCCCCUCCCCCUCUAUCAGAGGCAGCAAAGGGGGGUACUUCAAAGUGGCAGUGCCACAAGGAGCUCGGGAUCAGUGGGGGAGUCCCCCGCUGACCCCAGGCUUCAGUGCUUUUGCUUUUGAAGUGUAGCAACAGCCCUAGGGCUGUGGCUAUGUUUUAAAGGCAGAGGUACCCGAUACUUAACAUCCUUAGUGACUAAUCAGGUGCCUGGUUUCUAGUUGUCUGGUUAAUGGCACGACAUUAGCGCUGCUUCUAGAUAAUGUCCCUUGCAGGACUUGUCAGCCUAUUACUAAUGGGUUUAAAGGGCUUCUGAUGGGGUCAUAGCAGAUGUUAUUCAGCAGUUACUCUGCCAUGGAAGGUCUGAACUUAGGAGUGAGAAUUUUUAGUGUGACUUUGGCUAAUAACUUGUUUGCAUCCUGAUUUUGUAGUUUUGUAGUCUUGUGCUGCUCUUACUCA